AUGAACGACAUGGCAUCCAAGCCCCAGCCACCAGUCACGCGGCUCCGGCCACUACAUUCUCUUCAACAACUGGGUACCCUAUACUCAGAAACACCUAGAGAUGAGCCUCAGCUACUACAUUGGACAAGUUCUCUCGAGGAAGGUCCCGACGAGCAGAAAUCUGUGAAAGCCUUUGUAGAGCUCGUCUCGCGUAUAGUGGUGCUUGAUCACGAUGAGCCAUACUGUAUUCAAGAUUCUACACGCGGUGGGCUCAUCUUGGCCCGUUCCAGCUAUGAUGGGAGGUCAACAUUUGAAUUCAUUCAAUGUGCUAAUCUUGAUGACAUCCCGACCGAUUUUUCGAUUGGCAAGGGAAAGGCCUUGCAGCUGCACAGAGAUGCAGCAACCGGACAAGUAGUGUUGGCCGCUCAGGCCAACCUCAUACCUGCAACAGCUCUUGAUGCCCUGGGCAGGACGCUGGAUGACCUCAUCCUUGGCCUGAAGGAAGAAUGGACACAGCCCUCUGCGCUCAACUUUCCACCAAAGUCCAGACCUCUCGCCUUGUUCCCCGAGGAGCCAGUUGGACCUGCUCUCCUUCACUGGUGGUUUGAGCAACGUGCUAUAGAACAUCCCGACAGGACGGCCCUGGACUUUCUCGUCAGCCUCGAAAGUGGGAAGAGGAUCCAAUAUACCUAUAAACAGGUCGAAAACGCAGCAAACGCCCUGGCGGCUGAUCUGGUCGCGCAGUCACAACCCUCAGUCAAGACAGUUGCUGUCCUGAUAGGACCCUGCCCGGAGCUGUACAUCAGCUACUUGGCUGUACUGAAGGCUGGCAUGGCUUUCUGUCCCAUACCCGUGGACGCCCCUGAAGAGAGACGGGAAGCUCUGAUGGAGGAUCUGAAGCCAGCCGCAGUUCUGGUGGCUACAUCAACGCUACCACGAUCCACUGCUAUCACCACGAUCAGCGUGACUCCAUAUCUCGCAGCAUGCGACGCCAUAUCGAAAAGACAGCCGUCGUCAUCCAUCAAGAAGACUGACGCUGCCUACAUCCUAUACACCUCUGGAACCACUGGCAUGCCGAAAGGUGUGGUUGUUAGCCACAUCUCAGCAGCAUGCACCAUCUCCGCCCUGAGCUCUCACUAUGGGUUUCCCUCACCAACAUCACCAGAGCCUAUCAGAUGGUUUCAGGGUGCAGCUCCUACCUUUGACAUUUCCCUCUUCGAGAUCUUCUGGACACUCAGCUCAGGUUCAACGCUCUGCUGCGCCCCGCGCGAGUCCACUUUGCAAGACAUUGACAAGACUGUUACAACUCUCGAGGCCGACAUGACCAACAUCACCCCUUCUUUUGCCAACUUGUUGGACCCCGCGUCACUCCAAGGUCUCCUGGUUGGUGGAGAGACGCUAAAUGCACGUCUACUGCAAAACUUUGCACGCAACAAUCCAACUGAGGAUCAUGGCCAUAAACCUAGAGGCAUCUACAACGGCUACGGACCAACGGAGACGGCCAUCUACUGCAUCGCCCAGGCCCAUGUUCCAGCAGAUCAGCGAGGCUCCGUUCUGGGAACGCCCCUAGCUACAUGCGGCACCCUCAUCGUCGAUGAGCAGUCGAAAACCCUGAGCCCUGUGCCCAUGGGGGCUGUAGGAGAACUUGUCAUCACCGGUCCCCAAGUGAGCAGGGAGGGAUAUCUCAACCGUCCCGACGAAACAAGCCGCGCCUUCGUGGACGACGAGAGAUGGGGCAGGGCGUACAGAACUGGCGAUCGAGCCAGAAUUGUCUGGGACUCCCACGGCGAGCCCGCUGUUGAGUUCCUGGGCAGGAUAUCUGAUGAUCAAGUCAAACUCAGCGGAAGACGUGUCGAGUUGGGCGAGAUCGAUAGCGUGCUGGCUAGCAGAGUCGAGGGCGUACGAGAAGUGUUGUCCUGUGUCUGGAAACAAGAGACUUCUGGAGCUGGCUCCGAAAAGGUUGUGAGCCUCGUUGUCUGUUCCGAACUUGACUUCGAACCUGUUCGCCGAAAAUGUCUCGGGGCUGCCGAACGAUACCUCCCCAACUACAUGAGGCCCUUCAAGCUUCUUCGAGUCGACGCACUCCCGAAGUUUGCAUCUGGCAAGGUCGAUCGCAAAGCUGCCUCGGCAUACGUGCGGGAGACUCUGAAACACGAUCACAUAUCGCAACAGCCAGAGCCUGCUGAAGAAGAGCCCCUGCCGGGCCCCCAAGAUGCCAAGCUGGAGCAAGACCUCGUCGAUAUCGCGUCAGGAGUUCUGGGUGCUGACUCAAUCACUAUCACGGCUACCACGCCGCUCGCCGAUGCUGGUAUGGACAGUCUCCGCGCAAUGAGGCUUUUGCGUGAUAUCAGGAAGAAAUGGCCCAGCUCCGGAUCUACAAAACACCUGCAGCCAUCUUUGGCGUCGCUUCUCGAUUCUGGAGCUAGUAUUCGCUCCGUAUUCUUCUCUUCGGUGCAAAAUGGAGAAGGUUUGGCCAAGGUGCAGCGUCAACUCGCCGACUUUUCUUCAAGACACAUGCCUGAGGCCCUCGAAAAGCUCAACAUUGCCAGCGAGGCCGAGGUUGAGAUGGUUUUGCCCGCAACAUGCACACAGAGUCAGCUGGCCGUGAGCUUGGCUAUGGAUAAACGCAGUUACAUCAGCCAUUCUGUUCUGAACCUCAAACCCGACGUCUCGUCCGAGGCCCUGAAGGGGGUUGUCGAGGCUGUGAUGACUGAGCAGGCCAUUUACCGAUGUGCAAUGUUGCCGUGCGACGAUUCGCUGUCACCUUUUGCCCAGGUCAUCCUAUCACCAGAGGCAUGGCGUCGAUUGGGCAGCAACUCGAACCGGGUUGUACAUCGAAGAGAAAGUGUUGGCGAUGUCAAAACCUGGCUCGACUUGGCUGAAGAGAACAUCUCCCUCGAUUCUCAGAAACUGUACCACGCACAAAUAAUUGAGCCUAAGUCCGGUACUGGUCUCUUGAUCAUCAGCGUUGCUCACUGCAUCUGCGACGGCGCAUCGCUUGAGGCGCUCAUGAGCGAUAUAGCCAGGCGGUAUGCUGGUUUGGAACCUCUACCGAGACAAGGCAUCUACGAGGCCGUGUUGGAGUGGAUGUCCAACAUAAAUCCCGAGACGGACAACUUGUGGCGAGAGUUAGUGAAAGACUGGGAAACUGAGAGCUUUGAUGCCCUGAGCGGCAAUGGAUCCAAAGCAUCAGAGCCUGGGCAUGGCAUGGUCCAGUUCACGAGCGACUUCUCGUGGCAAGCUUUGGAAGACAAGAGCAGGGCCUUGGGCGCAUCUCCUCUGUCCAUUCUACAGGCGUCUUGGUCCCUGCUCUUACAACUCUUCUCUGAAGCGGAUACCGGAGACAUCGUCUUUGGAAGCGUCAUAUCAGGCUCUCAUCUGCCCUCCCACGCACCCACCUUUUCUGUGGUGCCAUGCCGCGUGGCCCUACCCGAGAAGCAGACCAUCAGCGAUCUUGUCACAAACCUUGCAUCUUCCUCGAGGCUAGCGCAGAGCCACCGACACACAUCGUUUGGCAUCUUCAAGACGUUACCGUAUAGCACUGCCCUAGCCUUGCAAGCAUAUCCUCAAUCUGAUCAUGAGGCAGUCCCUGUCCCUUGGACUGAGAUCCAGAAUCCGGCCAUACGUUACGACUUUGCUAUGUUUGCCGAGGUCUUGCCAGGGCAGCUCGACAAGAUGACGUUCAAGCUGACAUAUCGCGGGGAUGCCCUCUCAGCGCCCUCGGCGACAUGCAUCGUGAGGCAGUUUGCAGCACUCUCCGAGGCCAUCCUUGACUCUUUCCCUGAUGAAACGGCUCAAAAGCUACCAGCAAGCCUGCCUAGGGGCUUGCUCUCUGCAGAAGGGACAGUUCCGGCUGCAAAGCCAGAAGGAGUCAAGGAUCGAGCAGAGCUACUACACUCCCAAUUCGAGGACCAAGCCGUGUCAACCCCUGACCGUUUGGCCUUGAGCUUCUACACGUCCCUAGACUCGCCUCCAGUGGAGAUGAGCUAUGCAGAGCUAGACGCUAGAGCCAAUGGCUUAGCAAACAUCUUGCGCGAGGAAGACAUUGACAUCAUCCCAAUCUGCCUCCAACGCAGCGUUGAACUCUACGUCGCCAUCUUGGCCAUCUUGAAGGCUGGCUCAGCCUGGUGCCCCAUUGAUGAUACGUCCCCUGUGCAGAGGAGGACUUCGCUGAUCGCUCGGACCCAGAGCAAGGUAUUGCUCACAACCACUGAAUCAUUGCAUUUGGUCCAGCCUUGCCUCGACCACGAAAGUCUGGAAGGUGUGCGAAUCAUUCUUCUCGACCAGUACGCCCAUCACAAGUCCUCAACAAGACCUGAUCCGCGUCGCAGCGUCAUGUCUUCAGGCACCCUCGGCGGCAAAGAUUUGGCCUAUCUCCUGUGGACAUCAGGCACCACUGGCGAACCAAAGGGAGUCAUGAUUCAGCAUUCCGCGGCGGCAGAAGCCAUGCGCGACUUGCAAGUCCAAGUUGAGCAUGACGACAAGACUGAGCAAGUACGCACGCUGCAAUUCUGCGCCUACAGCUUCGACGUCUUUGUGCAGGACCUAUUCUACACCUGGGGUCUGGCAGGCAGCGUCAUCAGUGGCACAAGAGAACUGAUGCUUGGCACAUUCGUCGAGUUCAUCUGGAAAUCCUGUCCCACUCAUGCUCAUCUCACCCCGUCCUUUGGUGCGAGCAUCGACGUUGAAGAGAUCAGGGGAUCGACUCUACAAUACGUCACCUUCAUUGGCGAGAAGCUCACAGAAGACGUCGCCGAGGCAUGGGCGGCUCCUGGUAUCACCACUCGCGCGUACAACACCUAUGGUCCGGCCGAAAACGCUGUCGUUUCUACCCUGAGACGCUUCUACGGUAGGAGCAGGGAUCAGGCCAAGGCUGCCAAUGUUGGCUUCCCUCUCACAAACUGCACGGCCUAUGUUGUCCGCGAGGUCGACAACCGCUGGGAGCUCGUCCCAAGAUACGGAGUCGGCGAGUUAGCUCUGGGCGGCGCCCAGGUCGCAAAGGGCUAUCUAGCAAAUGAAGCUAAAACGACCAAGGCCUUUAUCCAGGGAGGUCCCGGCAUUGACGAGCGCAUCUACCUCACAGGGGACAUGGUGCGUCUCAACGACCACGGCUUCGAGUUUCUGGGAAGAAACGAUGACUUGAUCAAGAUCACUGGCAUCCGCAUUGAGCUGAGUGAGAUCAGCGCUGCCUGUACGAGUGUGAAAGACGAGGAGGCGGCUGUUGAGCACGUUGAGACGCUUUAUCUCCCUCUUCCAGGUGACAACAGCAACAACAAAGUCGUCGUCACGUUCAUCUCGGUCAAGAAAGCUGCGGUUGACACAGGCAGUAUUAGAACACAGGUCUUCCAGAGGGCUAGAGAUGUUCUGCCCACGUACAUGGUACCCGGACACGUCGUGGUGCUCGAAACCACGAUGCCGAGGACGGCGUCCAACAAGGUCGACCGCAAAGCUCUGCAAAAGAUCUACGAGGAAUCAGAUCCAAGUAGUCUGGGUGUAAAAGAUGGCUCGGCAGAAUCUGACGGCCAGCAGACGAAGUUGCAAUGGACCGAGGCGCAACUCUCUGUUCUCCAGAUCAUCGCCGACCAUUUCCAGGUGGCAGCUGAAUCAUUGGCUCCAGAUGAUAGCUUGGCCUCAUUGGGUUUCAGUUCUCUGCAAGUCACUAAGCUAGCGUGGUCCCUGAGGCGGCAGCUGAAUCGCAUGAUUGGAGUUCUAGAUUUAAUGCGGUGCCGAUAUCUCGGCGAAUUGGUCGACGUCGUUGUCGGCGAGCAGCCAGACCAGCUGGGGCAGCCCAACGGUGUGGUGUCCCCGGAAACUCCCUCUUGGAUAGCUUCUAUCAAGGACACGUUGACCGACAAGCUCCGCGGUGACAUGCGGCCUCACGACACGCAGUGCAUCCUACCAGCCACGCCAGUGCAAGAAUCACUCAUCGUGGAGACGAUGCUAGAGCCCAAGGCGUACUGGGCGCAUCGUGUGUUUGACCUGAGCCAGCUGGGCGAGAUUGAUGGCGAUCGAUUGAAGACGGCAUGGACUGAAGCUGCGAGGAGGUUCGACAUCCUUCGAACCAUUUUCGUUCCUCUCACACAACUGAGCACAGAGGAAAACAUCAAUAUCGUCACGUGGUCCUCUCAACUCGGGAUCCAGUCUAAGAUCCUGCAGAUCGUUCGGCGCGAGCCACUUGUGAACUGGACUUGGCUAUCCAGGGACAAAGACCAGGAUCUAGCCAGCUGGGCUGAGAAGCUGCAGAUGGAACUCACGCCGACAAGGACAACCCUACCCCCUUGGUCCGUCACAUUUGCUGAGGGUGGUUGCAAAUUCAUGCUAAGCAUGCAUCACUCUCUGUACGACGCUGUCGCGUCAGAGAUCCUCCUUGACACAGUCGCGAAGUUCUACGAGGAGCAAGUUGAGGGCAGUUCUGACGGCGUCUUGCAACUUGAGAGGGGUAUGGAGCUGGGUCUUCUGCCAACCGCUGCCCAGCGGAGCGAGGCUUCUUCCUUGUGGAACAGUCAUCUAGUGGAUCUCAGGAAGACCGUUGGUGCCUUGAAUGCCCCAUUCCCUGACAUGACACAAUCCCGACAAAAGCAGAUACAGAGAAUCCUCAGCUCAAAGAGGGCCAUCCCUCAUGUAUUUACCUCAACCUCACCCACCCUCCCGACACUGCUGCAAUCUGCAUUCGGAUGCGUUCUUGCUUCAUACUUAGAGCUCAAGGCCGUCAUGUUCGGUCAGGUCGUGUCGCAGAGGAUUCUUCACCCGGAUCUCGCCCGCGUAAUGGGCCCUGCCAUGGCCACCAUUCCCGUUGUUGUCCGAGGCAAUGCCUCCUCAGCCGAGGAGCUCUGGAGCGAGAUGACGGGCGAUUCGGCCAAGCUCUUCCGGAGCGCGCAUGCCCUGCAUCCUGUGGACAUCAAGAAGAUGCUCAACGAGAGCAGCGGGAGUAGCAACGCUCCUUUCCCAGGCUUCUUUGUGUAUCACCCGGCCACUGAGGACAAUACCACUCAGAAAAUUUUCCGGGAGGAAGGGCAAGCUCUGUCGCUCAACGUGGAACAUCCUCUUGCCCUGAAUAUCUUCGAAGCCGACGGUACUAUUGAACUCACUGGCGACGGGCGUCGCAUCUCGCAAGCACAGCUUGAUCUCAUGAUGGGCCAGAUCAUCGGCCAGGCCGAAGCUAUGCUGGAGUCACCCCAGUUCCCUCUCGAGGAACUCCAACAUAAAAUGGACCGCAGUUUCGUUUCCAUUAGUGGUCAAGCUGCCUCUGACCAUGUAAGCGCAGCCAACCCAACUGAGAGACUCUCUCUGCAUGCAUCCGAGCAUCCUGAAUGGAUCGCAGCCGAGGAGGUCAUUUUUCAAGAGUCAGACGAAGAUCAAGAUGAGAUCGUGACCAAAACCAUCACCUACGCCCAGCUGGACAUCCUCACCAACGCCAUCGUCUCGAAGCUCGCAUCUCACGAGCCCCGUCUCCAGCCCGACGACAUCGUUGCUCUGUACAUGAGCAGAGACCUCAAGUCGCUUGCAGCAACCCUGGCCAUCUUCAGGGCAGGCUACAUCUAUCUCCCUGUGGAUGAAGAGCUGCCUCUGGAGCGGAAGAGGCUCCUUAUCCGUGACGCCAACGCAAAGCUCGUCAUUACCACGGAGGAACUACUCGGUGGCCUGGACUUGAACCUCGACAGCGACCCAGUCGCAUUGCUGAUCCCAGACCUCGACGAGGUACUCUCUUGGCCCAUUUCUCAGAUAGAGCCUGAACAACCCGGCCACGGUGGCUACCUUCUCUACACAUCAGGCUCCACAGGCCGCCCCAAGGGCGUUCGUGUUUCCAACAAAAGCCUUUGUCACUUCAUUGCCUCUUUCAGCGCCCGCUUGAUUGAGUGUUCACCCAGCACGGCCAACCUCGGGGGUGCCGGCAAAUAUCUCAACCUCACGUCCCGGGCCUUCGAUCCCCACUUGACACAACUCUUUGUACCCUGGCACCUGGGCUACCGCCUCGUCAUUGGCAAGGACCGUACGGCCAUGAUCGGUAGCAUGAAAGAGGUUGUCAACGAGCUGGGAAUUACGCACUUCGGGUCUGUGCCCUCUGUCUUGACCCAGCUGGGACUGCGACCUGAACAAGUGCCCUCGGUCAAGGUGGUGACGACUGGCGGAGAAAAGGCGUCGAGUGAACUUCUAGACCUGUGGUCGAGCCGCCAAGAGGGCCAGCAGCAUGAGCCUGUUCUGUUCAAUUUCUACGGGCCAACCGAAGUCACAAUCGGCUGCUUGGGUCAUGCCGUGCAUCACGACUCCAACGCCCGUAAUCUCGGACUUCCGCUACAGGGCCUUGAAGCCCUGCUCUUGUGUCCUGAUACUGGGGACAGACAGGUCAUUGCCAAGAGAGGACAGCCCGGAGAGCUCUGCAUUGCUGGUCCGCAGGUGGCCAUGGGUUAUCUGGAUAGACCUAUUGAGAACGCGAAGAGCUUCCAGACCACCACGCUAUUGGGUGGUGGUGAGAAGAGAAUGUACAGAACAGGCGACAUGAUGAGGAUGAUGCACGAUGGCGAGGGCGACCUUGACUUUGCCGCUACCGUGGCUGGCAAUGGCACCGACAGCUCACAGCAACUAUUGGGAUUCGUGGCUCGGAAGGCGACAAGUCUGCUGAAGGGCGAGAUUGAAGCCGAGGUCGAGCCCUUGAGGAACCAAAGCCGGGCGAUGACAGCACUACUGGAGAGGAUCCAGCAGAAGUGCGAAGCUGGGCUACCGGCAUUCAUGGUACCCACGCUGCACUGGGUCUCAAGGAUCCCUUACUUGGCCGCCUCGGGCAAGGUCGACACCAAGCAGCUGGCCAAGUUGGCAACCGACAUCCUCAAUUUCCAAGACGAACCUGCAUCUCUGGACACCGAUGAUGUUCUGAGUGCCAGAGAGUCGGCGGUCGUGAAAGCUGUGGAGGAGGCUGUGGGUGUCAAUGUCAAGGCCACGGCGACAAGCAGCAUCCAUCGCCUGGGCAUCGACAGUCUCUCGGCUGUUCAUCUGUUAUCUCUCCUGAGAACUCGAGGCUUCCUCAAUCUCAAGAUGGCAGAAAUUCUGUCAUCUUCGUGCACAGUGGGAACCCUAGCUCGAUUGGCCGAUCAAGACUUGAGUAGCACAUUGGUAACGACGGACGCGCCGUCGCAAGAGGUCAACACGGCCAGGGUGGUGGAUCUUGGUCCAGUUCCUUUCGGUCUCAGUCCUGAAGACAUCGAAGCUGUCUUGCCCUGCUUGCCUCUACAAUCCGCCCUUGUCGCCAGGUCUCUGGUCUGGCUGAGCGCCAACAGCGUGGGCGACGAGGACAACGACGUCCCGUACGUGGCACAGUUCCACUACCAUCUCUCCCACGGCACGGACGUCGCUAGAUGGAAAGAGGCAGCCGAGCGAGUCGUUGCAUCUGAGGCCAUGCUAAGAACCUGCUUCGUUCAGCGGGAAGAUGAUGGUCGGAUCCUCCAAGUUGUCCUCAAAUCGCCUCCUUCACCAUUCGACAGCGGAGAAGACCUCGUCGACAUCGUGGCCCAGAUGAAUGUGCGACCACCGAUCAGGCUUCAAAUUAGAGAGACAGAGGAUUCCGGUGAAACUGUCGUCUCACUGAAGAUCCACCACGCCUUGUUUGAUGGUGUGGCUAUCGACGUGCUUCGGAAGAGGCUUGAGCAGAGCUACAGCGGAGAGAACCCCAUCGCUGGUACAAGUCUCAGUGCGUUGACAGGCCUCUCUAAUCUUUGCAACCUCUCGGACGUGCAGAUGGAAUCCGCAAAGCGCUCGUGGCAGGCAAGGCUACGCGGUUUGCAGCCGUGCCGUGUUGGUGCCGAAAACAACACCAGUGGCGCCAUGGCUCGUUCAACCCUGUCACUUGGCUACACGGUUACCCAACUCAAGGCCAAGCUACAAGCUCAAACAACUGACAUACCGGUAUCAGUCUCUUCUGUCUUCCAGCUAGCGACUUCCCUCUGUCUAGCUCAACUUAGUCGACAAACAUCGAUCCUCUACGGCUUCGUCAUGUCAUUCCGGCCUCUGCUUGACCAUAUCAUCCCAGGUGUGGACAACUUCGUCGGCCCGUGUCUCAACACUUUGAUCCAAUCGCUCAAUCUCCAAGGCAACGAGACCCUACCCACACUCGCCAGGAGAGUCCACGAGGCACACAUUUACGCCUGUCAGGGUGCGAUGCCCCUCGUUGGCGUGGAAUUGGUACAGCGUUGGGCUGGGUCCGAGGACAAGCUGUUCGACAGUCUGCUCAGCAUCAACGUUGUCCCUAAGCGGGAGGCGAAGCUUGAACCAGGACAGAUGAGUCUUGUGCGCACCCAGAGCAAGAGUGAUCUGGCUUUGGCCAUUGACGUCGAUCUGCAUGCCGACGGCAAGAUCACCUUGACGCUUUCUUCGGGAGGUGCCUUGACAACACCGCAGCUGGAUGACAUCGGCCAGUUGUUCGAGAAGAUUGUGGGCAGCUCAACCGACGAGAACGCGAGAGUCGAGGACUUUGUCUCGGUGCAACAUGACGCAAACACGUCUAUUCACAUUGCCCAACACUCCCCUGCUGCAGCUGUUUCUGAGCCAGUUUCGACAGACAAAGGCUAUCAAGAGUCCUUGGCCUGCGUGAAGAGAAUCGUCAGUCGUCUCCUGCAUCUGAACGCGGCAGACAUACCGGAAAAGACCUCACUGUAUCAGAUCGGACUGGACUCCAUCACCAUUCUUCCAUUCGUCAAGCUCAUCAACAAGAAAGAGAAGAUCAAGCUCUCUCCUGAUGCUGUCAUCAAGGCCCGAACCAUCCAAGGUACUGCAAGACUUGUUCAAGAAGCAAUGGCUGAGGCCAUCCGCCCCGAUGAGAAACAAGAUACACAAGGCGGACUCACAAACAGCGUCAACGAGCAAGACGUGUACGACAAGGCUCUACAACGACUGGCCAAGGAGCUCAUGUUCGUAACAACGCCCCUUCAGGAGAGUAUGCUCAGUGCAUCUUUAGCCGUCGAGGACAACGCUUACACCUAUAUCCACACCAUCCAACUCUCCGAACGCGCUCUGGCAGCAGACACUCCCAGCCUAGACAACUUCUUUGCUGCUUUUGGCGAUACAGUGCAAGCCUGCGAGAUCCUGAGGACGCGCUUCCUAUUCACAGAAGAUGAUGAAGCGCCUUGGGUUGGUAUUGUGUCUCCUACUGAACAGAGCGAUCUUGUCAGUUGUCAGGUAGUCAAAACCGGCAGGGUGCAGCUAAGGAUUCAUCACGCCCUGUACGACGCAGCAUCGAUCCAGGCCUUGUGGCGUAUCCUGGGCGAAAACUACCACAAGCGACUCCAAGGCCAUGAUCAAGAAGCUACACUGCAUCUGUUCAGACCAUUUGCGAAGACAGUCGCCACUGCGCAGAGAGCCUCGGUCUCCUUCUGGACCAACCUGGUUCAAGACUACAAAUACACGCCACUUGAUUUCCCGAAAGACUCACUUCAGGCGUCAUCCGCCUUCCACUUUACGCUGGGUGAGCAGGAGUUGUCACUUCUACAGGCAAGAUGCAGGGAACUCAGCGUCACGGUCAAGGCGGCGCUUCAGCUAGCUUGGGCCAAGGUACUAUGCGAGUCCGUGUAUCAACAAGGAGAUGUUGUCUACGGAGAGGUCAUCGCGACUGGCGGCGGUUUCGCUGACGAUGCCAUGCUUGGCCCUACUAUCAACACGGUACCCAUAAGGAUCAAUCUGGCGGAUCAGGGGACCGCCGUCGGUGUUGCAGAGGCAUUGACUCGGAUACAAAGACUGAACGACGAGGUGAAGGGUGACAACUCUAUGGCCUCUCUCAGAAAGAUCCAGACACUGUGGAGGUCUUCAAGCCGAGACGCCCCUACGAGCCUGUUCCAGAGUCUGUUUGUGUUUGACGGUGUUGUGGGAUCUGCAGAGACCGACGGCGACGAACCGUUGUUCAAGCCUGCUCAAACCCAGGCAGAAGACAAUGGACCUGCUUAUGACGAAUACCCUCUCAUUGCCAGCUUCCAGAUCAAGGACAGCGCCCUUCGUGGUAAACUGAGAGCCAAGAUGGCACCAAUGGAAGCAAGAGCCUUGGGGAGUCGCCUAGAGGCUGCGGUGAGAUUCAUCAUCGCGGGUGAGCCAGAGGGUCCGAUGCUUGAUAUGAGUCUCAUGAAGGCGGAUGCAAAGACAGAGCCCGCCCCUAACGGAAGCGCUCCGAGCGAAAAAGUUGGUCUGAACGGUCUAGCUCCAACUGCCGAUGCUGUUCUAGAGUUGGUCAAGAAGGUGCUCGAUACAAGGUGUAAAGGUAAGCACGUUGACUAUGAUACCAAUCUGGUCAAUGUCGGCCUUGACUCGAUCUUGGCCAUUCGCCUGUCAAAGCUCCUAAGGAAGAAGAUGGGAAUCACCAUGAGCGUCUUUGACAUCAUCAAAGGCGCGAGCGUCCGUGACAUGGCCAAGAAAAUGACAUCGGCACCAAAGAUCAUGGCACAGAAGCCGAAACCGCAGUUGCUGGUCCAGGAGGAAGAACAAAAGGAGUUGGUGGCAAAGCAUCUCGGGCUUACAAAGGAGAACGUCAAGUCCAUCCUGCCGACCCUCGCAGGACAGCGUGCGCACUUGGAGCAGUGGCUACACAGCGGCAAGAGAUUCUUCGAGGCUCCUUGGGCGUACCGAGUCGAUCACUCCAUCGAUGCACAGAGAGUUGCGAGCUCCUGGGCUGAGCUUUGCCGGGUCCACGAGGCUCUCCGGACAACUUUCGUCUGGACAGGCAAGGCCUUGGUACAAGUUACGCUGAGUGGGAAAGAGGGUCGGGGCUUUACAACACUCAAGGACAUGUCAAAGCCCAUCCGAGCUUUGAUCGAAGAGCACGUCAGCGAGGAAAAUGGCAAGCCGUCCGACUUCAGGCAGCCUCCUGCUCGCCUCUCGUUCCUGGAGGCUUCAGACGGGAAGGCAGUUGUGCUUCGACUGCAUCACGCGCUGUACGACGCAUGGAGUAUCAAGAUGAUUGAGAACGACUUGAAUGAUCUGUUGAAUGUUGGCAAGGUGCUGGAGACUCGCGUGUCUCUCAAAGACGCAGUUGGUCAAAUUAGAGACAUCAGACAACCUGAUGCAGAACAUGCGUACUGGAGGAAUCAUCUCUCGCGCGCCCAAGACACCGUCCUCAACAGCGAUACAUCAGCAUCGGAACAAACGUCGCCUCUUGGUCGGAACUUCAAAACCAUCUAUCCCGAUGUCAUCCCCCAGAACGUCAUCAAGCGCAAUGCACGCACAUCAGCCGCCAUCCUCCUUGCCUACGCAAAGGCACUGGGUCAUCUCACGAAAUGCUCCCACCCGACGUUCGGCCUGAAUCAUGCUUCGCGAUCUCUUUCUUCCGCAGACGGGACGCAAACCCUUGACUUGACGGCCGCGAGCGCGCCAACUUUGACUCUUACACCUUGUUGCGUGGACUUGGAGUCUGAACAUGCGCUAGACUCUGUGCAGGACCAUUUGGCGCAGCUCACCAAGUUUGCGCAGGCAGAUGGUGUGCAGAAAUUCUGCCCCAGGUUCAACUCGUACCUCAACGUCAUCUACGUGGGAGAAAACGCCAAAAAUGAGCAAGAAAGCAAGGUGCUCAGCAGGUUCAGGCUUAGCGAACCUCUCGCUUCAGAUUACUACACUGUCACCGAGUCGUCAUUGUCCACUGUAUCUGCUAUCGAAGGGCUUGAGACACCCCACUUGUACCCACACCAGUUCUUCUUCACUGUCAUCGUGGGUCAAGAUCAAGAUGUCAGAGUGUCAGUAAGUGGUAGUGAUGUGGGAAUUCAAGACAUAGUUGCCAAGAUGGUAUCGUAUUUCGGAUCUGAGUUGGAAAAGAUAAUUGAGGGGUGA